CUGGUUGGGUGUGUACUGAACACACAGAGUAUUUGCUUGUGUGUAAAAAUACAUCGAACAACAACGCUGAGAGAUCAAAUUUAAGAAGCAGUGUGGUAUUCCUUACAUUAUUUCUUCGUACCUUGCACGUCGCCGGAAGUACUCAACUGACAGUGCCGAACGGAAAUAAACAGCUAACAACGAAUCAAUUGAGUAUAAUCAAUUGAGCACUCCUUCGAUUACUUCUGCAUCCUUAAUCAUUUACAGGGGAAGUACCGAACUGAGGUUUUUUUUUAGAUAUCAAGGAAGAACCAGCAGUUCUGGAAAGGAGGAUCAGCUUUAUCCUUAGCAAAGAUCAAGGGUGCUUGGAAUUCGAUUUGUUAUCUGGGCUGUUUCCAAGUGGGUAGGUGGCAUCAGUUUUCAGAUAUAUACCAGUAGCGGUUCAUAUCUUGGGACACUUAGUCUUGUUGAGAGUCAGCAGGACUGCACUGCGAAGCUGUCGUUAGGGCUGUGUUCUCCACGUGUGGUCUCCUUCAGUUGGACUAAUGCCAGACAAUAACUGAACCAGGUGACAGGUGGUCUCCAGACUGUGGGACAUCGGUCGUCAGUGCGACGUAGUGAACUAUGGGAGACUACAUGGUGCAGUGUGAGAUGUACCACCAGCGGCCACUGCAAACUGGAGAAAUCCUGUGGGGGUCGCCUGGAGAUCAGCUGCAGACUCCAGUUCCAGUCGGCGAGCUCACAGAGGCUCCACCAUCCAGCAGCCUCAGCCAACCCAUGACCUCCUCAGAGCUCAGCGCCAUAGAGCUGAUGCCCAAGAGGGACUGCGACCCCAUAGCGGGCUACGAGACACCAGUGACCACACCCGAUGCCAACAGCAGCUCGCCCGAUGCUCUCAGGUUCAACCAGGGCAGCUCGUCGGCGUACUGGUCACAGGAGGGACCGGCGUCCCCGGCAUCGGUGAGCACCGUCACCCUGGGUUCGCCGAGCAUCGAUCACCUGUACCUCGGCAUCGGAGCCCCUACUACGCUGCUGCCACCUUUUGCGGAUCCACAGGACUGCUUCGGCAACGCCGGAGACUUCCUGUACGGAGCGGCGAUGGCAGAGGCCGGCGUCACGUUCCCGGACAGUCAGUUCGCACCACCCACUCGAGACGCAUCUUCUGCUGGAGCUUUUGUCAUGGACAAGUUCCUGUCUGCAGGUCCACCUCCCUGA